GUCACGGGUGGGUGGCUGGGAUGCCAUAAAGGUGCCCAUCGAUCGCCUGGAGGAGUCCCUCAAGUCCUGCCGCGGAUCCACAGAGCUGCUCCAGAGCCUUUGGGGUGUCCAGCGUGAAAGAAAGAUAAAAUGUCUUACAGCGUGACGCUCAAUGGACCUGGACCGUGGGGGUUCCGACUGCAAGGGGGAAAGGACUUCAACAUGCCUCUGACCAUCUCCAGAAUUACACCCGGCAGCAAGGCAGCUCAGUCUCAAAUGAGCCAGGGAGACUUGGUGGUAGCCAUUGAUGGAGUCAACACAGAUGGCAUGACUCACUUAGAAGCCCAGAACAAGAUAAAAUCGGCAAGCUACAACCUGGCUCUAACUCUUCAAAAAUCAAAACGUCCAAUUCCAGUUCCAACAACCAGCCCAAGAAUUGAUUCUCCUAUGCCUGUGAUCCCUCAUCAGAAGGUUAUAGCCAACACUGUUGCCAACACCGAGUACGUGGAGCGUUUCAACCCCAACGUCCUGAAGGAUUCUGCCCUGUCGACACACAAGCCCAUUGAGGUGAAAGGGCCAGGUGGCAAGGCCACCAUCAUUCAUGCCCAGUAUAACACCCCAAUCAGCAUGUAUUCUCAGGACGCUAUCAUGGAUGCCAUUGCAGGACAGGCUCAGGCCCAGGGCGGUGAACUUGCUGGUGAAUCUCCACUGGCUAGCCUCCCUGUUAAAGAUCCUCAUGUAGACAGUGCCUCUCCAGUGUAUCAGGCUGUACUUAAAACACAGAACAAGCCUGAAGAGGAGCUUGAUGAUUGGAGCCGCCGUUCCUCCCACUUGCAGUCCAAAUCCUUCCGUAUCCUGGCUCAGAUGACAGGAACUGAGUACAUGCAAGAUCCAGACGAAGAUGCCCUGAGGAGAGCAAGCGGCAAGAAAAAUGUUGCUGAAUCAUCCGAAAACAGUACUCCUGUUGAGCAUGCACCAGUGUCUACCAGCUGUGUCCCUUCCGCUGUGCUGUCUGCUUCAUCCAAUCAUCCUGCUAUUGCUGCUCACAGUGCUGCCCAUCCGAUGAGCCUGCCAUCGGCCAUGGCCACUUCAGCGGUGCACGACUCCAUCUCAUCCACUUGUCAAAGCUUCAACCGACAUUCUUCCACUUCAAUCACCUACCAGUCCAAAAAGAGAAGUCCAGGCCAAACUUAUACAUCUGCACCAGUUUCCCAUGGCCCAGCUCCUUACUCGGGCUACAGUGAAGCCCCAGCUCCUGCUCCAAAACCUAGAGUUGUCACUACUGCAAGCAUAAGGCCUUCAGUCUAUCAACCAGCUCCGGCCCCGGCUCCAGCUCCGGCUCCUGCCCCAGCAUCAGUGUCUGUACAUACUUAUACUCCAAGCCAAGUGGAGCCCUCCAGCCGUCCUCCUUGGAUCACGGAUGACUCUUUCUCCCAGAAGUUUGCUCCUGGGAAAAGUACCACCACCAUCACUAAGAAUAUCUUGCCACGGGGCGCUCCAGUCCCUCUGCCCACUGCUUCUGCUCCAGCUUAUCCACCUCCUUCGAUUCCAGCCUCCUCUCAGGCACCUGCUGUGGCCCGAGGCACCAUUCAAAGGGCUGAGCGCUUCCCAGCCAGCAGCCGGACUCCACUCUGUGGACACUGUAAUAGCAUAAUCAGGGGCCCUUUCCUGGUGGCGAUGGGUCGUUCUUGGCAUCCAGAGGAAUUCAACUGUGCCCACUGCAAGACCACCCUGGUUGAUGUGGGAUUUGUUGAAGAACAGAACAAUGUGUACUGUGAGCGUUGCUACGAGCAGUUCUUUGCCCCAACCUGUGCCAGAUGCCAUACCAAGGUCAUGGGGGAAGUGAUGCAUGCCCUGAGGCAGACUUGGCACACAACUUGCUUUGUCUGUGCUGCCUGCAGGAAGCCCUUUGGGAAUAGCCUUUUCCACAUGGAGGAUGGUGAGCCCUACUGCGAGAAAGACUAUGUUGCCUUGUUCAGCACCAAAUGUCAUGGAUGUGAUUUCCCUGUUGAAGCAGGAGAUAAGUUCAUUGAAGCCCUUGGACACACCUGGCAUGAUACCUGCUUCAUUUGUGCUGUGUGCCAUGUGAAUUUGGAAGGUCAGCCAUUUUAUUCCAAGAAGGAUAAGCCCCUAUGCAAGAAGCAUGCCCAUGCCAUCAACGUCUAAAGAACAAGGAGCUAACAAGUGGAAAAGAUUUAGUGGAUGGUUCAACAGAUGAAAUAUAGAUAACAAUUGCUUUCUCGUGGUGGGCUGGUGAAUUAAGAAAACUUCUGACAUUGAUUUUGGUCGCUUUCAUAUGUGGAAAUCUCAUUCUUGUAUAUCUAAUACAAAAGUGAAUGAAUAUUUAAAACCUGUCAGUGAACUAUUACUGCAAAUGUUUGAGCAAAAUAAACAACAAGAAAGGAUAAAAUCA